CUCUUAUUUAGUUCCCUUUUCCUUUCUCAUUCUCUCUUAUUUCCUUCAAACAUAACAACAACGCCAAUCUUCACGUCGCCACUCGCCAAAAGCCCAAUCGCUUCGCAUUCGAUUAUUCUCCGAUCCCAAUCAAACAGAACCUUUUCGUCUCUCUCCCUUUCCGUUUUCUCAUUCCCCUCUCAAACGCCGCCGCCAGAACGCGCUUCGCAGGUUCUUCAACUGAUCGCCGUCCUGCGUCGCGAUGAAUAACGAUUUCGUUUGGCUGCCGUCGCUGUAUUCGGAUCCCGAGGUGUUCACCUAUUUGGAGCCAUUCGUGCUCCGCAAUUCUCUGAGCUUGCGCUUCAUGCAUUCGCUGGCAAACAAUCCCGGAAGUUUCGCGAUCGGAGAGGCCUUCGGACACGUGUCGCGGUUCGCCGGCGCGUUUGUGGUGUGGCUCUCACGCGCCUCGAGUUUCAAUGUCGCGUCUUCCCUGCGCGGUUCUCCUCCUCCUCUUCGGUUUGGUAGUGCGCAGGUUAAGGCCGUGGCGACGAAUGUGAGUCUGUUCGGGUUUCCGUUUCGAUCGAAGAGGAAAUCGUUUGCGUCUGUGAAGUUGGGUAAGAUAUCGAGUUUGGCGAUGAAGAUGAUUUGGAGUGAAACGAAGAGGCUUCGGUCGUUACCUAUUCUGUCGCUGGCUGCUGCGUUGGUUCCACCUUUUCAAAACUUGUCAUCGAAAGUUCUAGCCAGCCCAUUGCAGAGUCCUGAUAUGCAAAUGUAUGGAACCAUUGACCAAGUGCCCAAGGAGGUUGAAUGCCAAGGGUGUCCGUUCCUAUCGUAUCUUGAGUUGAACCAAGCAAAACCUGCAGUUGAGCCUAAAACUGGCAUUGAAUUUCCCUUGGUUCUAGACAGUAUAUUUGCUGGAGAGAAGGAUUUUGGCUUCAACUCUGAGGUCCUGGUUGGAACAGGAUCCAGAACCAUGAAAAUUGUUAAAAUCAAGUCACUGAAAGUCUAUGCUUUUGGAGUUUAUAUUCAUCCAUACUCCCUCUGUAAGAAAUUGGGGCCAAAAUAUGCAUCAAUUUCUGCUGAUGAACUGAAUAACCAGCAUGACUUCUACAGGGAUCUUCUCAGGGAGGAUAUCAACAUGACUGUUAGACUUGUUGUAAAUUGCAGGGGUAUGAAGAUUAACAGUGUGAGAGAUGCUUUUGAAAAAUCACUUCGAGCUCGAUUAGUAAAGACAAAUCCUUCCACGGACUUUCAUUGCCUAGAGACAUUUGGUUCGUACUUCGUAGAGAAUAUCUCAAUACCUUUGGGAACAGUAAUUGAGUUCAAACAAACAGUUGAUGGGCGUCUGAUCACUAAAAUUGGUGACAAUCAGAUAGGAAGUGUCCACAGCAAAGAUUUGUGCCGGGCUUUCUUUGACAUGUACAUUGGAGAUGUUCCUGUGAGCGAAGAAACUAAAAAAGAGAUCGGCACGAACAUAGCGAGUAUCAUUAGGAGGUGCUAAAAAGACUCGUUUUCUACCCAGUUGUUGUCCUACUUUUAGAAAGGACAUUUGGACAUGGGUAAAUGGCAUAUACCCUUAACUUAUAGUAGAAGCAGUGGUUUCUUGAAAUUGAUUUAAACCCGCUUUAAAAAGUCAUUUUGCAGGCAUUACUUCUCAAGCUUCGUCCUUCGAAUCAUAGAAUAGAAGUCUUUAGGAUAGCUUAAAUUGGAUUGUCACGGAAAAUUCUCUGUUCCAAUUGAUUUUAUCUUUAUAUUCAUCGUCUCGAUGCCCUUAUCCCACGUGUUAGAUGUACAGUCCUUAUAGAGAAUGAAAGGGAAAAAACGCUGAUAUAAUCUUUUAGCCCCUUUGCUCAAUCAAAUAAGUGAUGUCACCUUGCGUUCAACUAACAUUUCCCGUUGAUACAGAUGACUUAGCACAAGGUUGAUUUUAUGGCUAGAUAAUGUCUCUUGUAAUGUGUUAUUGUUAAGUUAUUAUUACGUUGUUGAGGUGUAAUAUUUGGAUUAUUGUGUUUUA